CUUGCCUACAUACCAAGCUAACAACAGAUAUGCCAGAGACUUUAUGGAGCUUGUGAAAUAAUGUAGGUGGUACAUGCCACUCAGAAGUCCACAUCAACAUUUACUUCAAAAAAAGCAUUUCUGGUGGUUCGUUUAGUUGCUUAAUAUCAAGAAAGUGAUAUAAAUGCUUAUGAAUAUACACUACCUAUCCCUGCAGAUUUAAGAAACUAACAUUUCAUAUGGCAGAAAGCAAGCAAAAAUCCCAUCUGACUGAGCUUUUAGAUGAUGUGGAAAAGGCUCACAAAUCUGACAUUCGGCUCUAUGUGUCAGGCCACCUAAACCAUAAUAAGCUCUUCAAGCCCCAUAAAUCUGCAAAAUACAACUAUUGGGUGAGUUCCAAAAAACCCACCUUACUGUCUGCCAAAGAGGAUGCCCUAGGAGGACCCUAUGGAAUGCUGGAAAAAGUUAGCAGCAGCAAAGAUGCUCCUCCAGUGCCUAUCCGUGCCAAAUCUGCUUUCCCAUUGGGUUAUCAGUCCCCAGUCCACCCAGCCAGCUUUAGAGCACCAGUAAGCAUGUCACUCAAUAUAGCUGCUUUCAAACGACAGAAGAAAGAGGCUCCUGAGAAACCUGAAGAGGAAGCCAGCACAUUUCCAAGGCAACUUAUACGAGAGGAGCUGGACAUUCCAGAAAUGAGAUUGUUGAAAUGCAGACGACUCAAGAACAGCAGGCUUUGUGUCACAAAGGAGUUUAAAGACAAAUACCUGUUCUUACCUUCCUAUCUGGCUGGUGUGACUAAAAAGGACCAAUAUAACAAGUUCAUGCAAGUUGAGAAGGAGUAUAUUGCCAAGCAAGAUUUGUUGGAGAAUGAUUUCAUUGGGAGCAAGUCAACAGAGCGCCAUGAAAAAAAGUUGGCUCAGGCACUUCAGAAUAUCUGUGAUUGCAGACGUCCACAUUUCUAUCGAUUACAGGCUAUUGGUCAAGUGUUUGAAGAUAUCUGUAAUAGUUCCUUGAUAUUUGGUGACAUAUUGAAGGAAGUGAAAAAUGAAUAUGAGCUCUACAUGGUGAUCCUGCUGGAUUCUUUGCCUGCAAUGCAAUACAGAACCUUGCAAGAGCAAGUCAAAGGCAUGAAGAAAAGAAUGGUGAUGACUCAUGAAAUAGAAGAGAGCAGACAGACAAUACAGGACCUUGUGCAGAAAAGUAAAUUGGCUUUAGCAAGAAAUGAAGAACUUAGAAAUAAAUUGGAAAUUGAACUUUGGGUGAGCCAGAUGGAUAGAAAAGCAACAGAAAAGGAAAAAGGUGAUGAAGAAGGGGUAGAAGCAACUUCUAUGACCAAUGCUGACCUGCUGACAUCUCUGAGGUGCCAAAUCAUUAUGAAAUUGGAGGAAAUUCAAGCAAUUGAGAAAGAAAUUAAAAACACAAUGACUUUCAGUAGCAUUAUAAACAUUAAACAAAAGACUGUGAAAGAAUUAGAGGCAGAAGCAAGCAAACUUGAGGCCUCAAACAAGUUUCUGAAAAUACAAAUAAGAGCAUUUGUGGGAGUUAGUGCACGACUUCUUGCAACCUCUUGGAGAAGAUAUCAACGAAGACACACUUGAAUUGUCUUCUCAGGCAUCCUUACAGCUUUGAUUUAAUUUGUAAGACACAAAAGCUCCUAUGGAAAAAUGGAUGGUGUGAGAACUACAUUAAGUCAUGCUAUUCGCAUAAAACAAAGAGCAAGUAGGAAGAAAGCAGAUCAAAAUUUGAGAUCUCCACCCACCAAGAGGGCACUAAAUGAAGAAGGCCGCUGUAGAAUUUUUGUUGCAUUCUACCGUAGAAAUAGAGUGACUGCUAGUUAUGGUUCUAACUGUGAUUCUACCAUCCUAUUUGGUUUAAUGAUUGCUCAUGUAUGUUCGCCAUUAUAAAUAUUAGAAAAGUAUAAAUAUUUCUCUUUAAGAAGUAAAAUGACUGACAGACCAAAAGUAUGAACUUUACUGAAAAUUUACAACAUUUUUCAAAGAAGGCAAUAAGAAAGAAAAUGCAAUAGUCAGUGUUUAAAAUUCCUCCUCCUUCUGUCCUUAAUGCUUUUCACCUGUCUGUUGACUGUGUAAUUGACAUCUCAUAAUGUGCUACAUAUUCUUGCAGUAGAUGUUUCUAAUUAUCUAUUCAACUGCAUUUGUGUGGGUUAGUAUUCAUUAGAUUUAUUAUGAGCAAUCUUGGUUUAUUGGAAAUGUAUAUAGAAUAUAUAAUUGGAAUUAGCAUACAAUUAUAUACUAUGCACUUAAACUUCCAACAGGUGCAGAGAACCAUUGUAUUAAUAAUAUUAGUGAUAUUAUUGGGCAAUAACCCUUGUAUUGUCCGAAAAACAAAGUUCCUUUGUUCACUGGUAGGGCCUAUAGCCAUAUAUGUUCCAUCUUACUUUUGCAAUCCUUAGAGGCCUUCCACUUUUCCAGAAUAAGCAUGGCUAAAACUGUAGUGAAUUGAGGAGGUUAAGGGUUUCAGUGUGUUCCCCAAAGACCCUUCAAUUCUAUCCCAAUCAGCCUGCUUUUCCCAUGGAGGAGUAAAAGCCCAUUAAAUCUACCCAGUCCCCUUCACCAAAAGAUGAAAAGUUGGGCUCUGCUUAUUUCAAUUAUGUUCUGAUAGCACCAGCCUUGAAGGCUAUAUACUUCUUUUUAAAAAUGUCCCUCUUACUAAAGGAAAUUCCCUAUCGUUGGUUUGCUUCAAAAGCAGCUUCUGUCCUUCAGAACCAUUUGUUUCAAUUUAAUCUGAGUUAGUAACUCCAAAGAUUGCAGCAGCAACAAGUUAUUUCUGUCCACAUAUACGGGAGGGGGCUUCAAAAUUUUAGCAAGUGGUUCUCUGCCCAGUUGCUGGGGGUGGCAUGUGGGCGUGGCCUAGUCAGCGUUCUGCACCAUGGCGAUGGUAGUGGGGUGUUUUUGCCAUCCCUGGGCUCCAGAGGCUUUCCUUGAGCCUCCGGGAGGGUGAAAACAAUCUCCCCAGGCUCCGGAGGGCCUCUGAAGGCUGGAAAUGGGCCCAUUUCCAGCCUUCCCAAAAAUAUUUGAUCAACUCAAAACUUGGUCAACAUUUUGUAGCUUCUGCUAUGGAAAAGAAGAAUGGUAUAGUUGUAUACUUAAGAAAAGACAUG